GGCGGGAUCAAGAUUUGUGGAGUUUGUCUUAUUUCAGCCAAUCAGAGAUCUCUUGUGUGCGACGUAUACAGUCCAGCCAUAACGUUAUAAACCUCGGAGUCUAAGCUUUCGUGGACAGAUUACUUCGUUGCCCACCGCAUAUUUUGUCGCCAUGAAUCUUGUGGUGUUGUCGUUCACACUGUUCCUCGGUGUUGUGCUCGCUGCUCCCAGUUUCGACUCCCAGUUGAACGACCACUGGGAACAAUGGAAGAACUGGCACAGUAAAAAGUACCAUGAGAAGGAAGAAGGCUGGAGGCGAAUGGUUUGGGAGAAAAACCUGAAAAAGAUCGAAAUGCACAAUCUGGAGCACUCCAUGGGAAAGCAUUCUUAUCGCCUGGGAAUGAACCACUUUGGGGACAUGACACAUGACGAGUUCAGGCAGGUCAUGAACGGUUACAAGCAGAAACCGGAGAGGAAAUUCAAGGGGUCUGUGUUCCUGGAGCCCAAUUUCUUGGAGGCCCCUCGUCAGGUAGACUGGAGAGAGAAAGGCUACGUCACUCCAGUGAAAGACCAGGGUCAGUGUGGAUCCUGCUGGGCCUUCAGCACCACCGGGGCCAUGGAGGGACAGCAGUUCAGGAAGACGGGAUCGCUGGUGUCGCUCAGCGAGCAGAACCUGGUGGAGUGCUCCAGACCCGAGGGGAACGAGGGCUGCAACGGUGGACUGAUGGACCAGGCCUUCCAGUACAUCGAGGACAACCAUGGCCUGGACUCUGAGGAUUCCUACCCUUACCUGGGAACUGAUGACCAACCCUGCCACUACGACCCCAAGUUCAACUCUGCUAACGACACCGGGUUCGUGGACAUUCCCAGCGGGAAGGAGAAGGCUCUGAUGAGGGCCGUGGCCUCAGUGGGACCUGUCUCUGUCGCCAUCGACGCCGGUCACGAGUCCUUCCAGUUCUACCAAUCUGGGAUCUAUUAUGAGAAGGACUGCAGCAGCGAAGAGCUGGAUCACGGGGUGCUGGCUGUGGGCUACGGUUUCCAGGGCCAGGAUGUCGAUGGAAAGAAGUACUGGAUCGUCAAGAACAGCUGGAGCGAGAAAUGGGGUGACAAAGGCUACAUCUACAUGGCCAAGGACAGGAAGAACCACUGUGGUAUCGCGACAGCUGCCAGCUACCCCCUGGUGUAACCUGUCUGGACUGAGAUGCCUAGUUAUAUAUUUUUUAUUUUUCUUCACGGGUUUGAAAGGACCAUGUCGGUAUUGUGGCCUUAUUGAGGCUUGGGUGGGAGGGAAAAAAAAACCAUAGCGAAUGUUUUGUGGUUUUUAAAGAAACCGUUCUUAGGGAAUUAUGAAAUUGUUUUUACACCAUACUUUGGUUUUUAUUGAUUUUAAAUGUUUUUAGGUGUAUUUUUUGUCUUGUAAAUACAUUCACUUGUGGAAAAGUCGAUAGAAGUAUCAUUUUAAAGGUUUUGUGUUCUACAUCUUGAUCGGUGGAAAUAGUUUUUCUACUUUCACGGUUAAUUAAAACAUUUAAACCUGAACAA